UUGACAGACAUUAUUCAUAUUUCGUGUUGAACGUAUCGCAUCAGUAUAAUUUCUAAAAUAUCAGACUUUAAUUCUAAAAACAGUUUAUUUUUCGAUUCAUAAAUAUGUUUGCUCUACGCGCUGAGGUACGCAAAUUAUAUGCGCCUCUCACUCGCCAAAUGUCCGGUUAUCCCGGUGGCGUUCCAGGCUUGAAUCUGCCCUUUCGCCGGGCUCUUGAGAACCCAGUGCGUUUGACUAUAUCUUGGUUAAUUUUGGGCAUUCUUGGAUUUGGUGCUCCAUGGCUGGUUGUUCGUCAUCAAAUGCUGCGCAAUGUCACAACUGAGCCCUCUGAAUAGACUCUAGACAUUAUGAAAUAAUAAUGUUUGGUGUUCCUG